UCAUGUCCGCCCUUGAAAUCCCGAAACAAGUGAUUCCAUUCAAUAACAAUAGCAGUAAUGUCACAACAACCAAAGGUAUCGCCAGAGCUCUCACCAACAGCACAUCACCUCAGUCAGACUGCGAGAACCGACCAAUUCUGAACCCCAGCGCGCUUAAGUCAGGUCACGUGAGCUCCGCGGUGUCGCCGGGAGCCCACUUCAAACAGAGCACCCUGAUGUUUAAUAACAACAAGAAGUCUCCACAUGCGGGAGCGUUGAAGGGAGCCGACCCAAAGAGCUUCCCGGACAUCGCCAGUUCCUCCUCGGACUCCUCGCCCUACUCAUCAGACGACGAAGUGCUUCUGGUUACCAACAGCAAAAAAGAAGAACCACUAAAACCAGCAAAAGUGGUGAACCAGGCAUCUGUCGUUAAACCGAAGACAAUAUCAAACCAGUUAGCCGCAGAAAAAGAUCUGAGCCCGAGAAAGAAACAAAAGUCAGUCUCUUCGCCGGUAUCGAACGGAAAAGUAAACGGAUUUUCAACAGAAGACCAGAAAGUAAAUUCCGAAACAAAGCAGAGUAAGAAAAACAAGAAACAGAAUCAUGAACAGCGGGCGGCCUCAACCGAAAAGAGCAAAAGUGCUGAAAAACCCAAAAGCACUGAAAAAACCAAAAGCACUGAAAAAGUCAAAAGUACGGAAAAAGUCAAAAGUACGGAAAAACCGAAAGCCGUCGAAAAACCCAAAAUCACAGAGAAAAAAGUCAAGAAAAGUAAAGAUUCAGAUAAAAACAGAAAGAUAGAGUUUGUCAUUAGUUCUGACGAAGACGAACCCUUGUGUAAUUUGGGAAAAUCAAAGCCCGAAGAUGAAAAAGAAUCAAAUGGUUCAACUGAAAACUCCAAGCCGAAGAAAAGUAAGCCGAAAAAACAAUCAGCCGAAAAGUCUGCAGAAAAGAGCGGUGACAAAAAACCAGAAAAUGGCACCAAAAAUGCAGUGGCUAUGUCUGUUGGUAGUGAUUCAGAUGACAAUGAAGAUGUGCCACUUUCUGUCAUCAAACAGAAGUCGCCGAUCAGUUUGAAAAGCGUAAAACCAAAACUACCUUUUAGCCCGGGUAAGAGUAGCAAAGCUAAAGCUGCUCAGAAUUUGAUGAACAAACAUUUUUCAACCACGUCUGAAAAGGGAAAAUUAAAAGUUGAGUACCAGCAACCCCCAAUUGUGACGAAGCUUGUGAAGUUAUUAGAAAAUGAAAACUGGAGAGAGGACCCUGAGAAAUUAAGGAAAGGACGAGCACUUAUCACUCACGUCACUAAAAACUUAACAGCGUUUGAGCGCGAACGUGUACCUGCAGUAGCUAAACAACUUAUUGUGGAAAAGAGAAGGGAAAUGGACGAGAAAGAGCGCUGGAAAAAUUUGAGCCAAGAUCAAAGGGAUGCCGAACUGAAGCUGAAAAGACUGGAAAAACAACGCCAAAUUCAACUACAAAAAUCAGAAGCUCCACCUAAGUUAGUAUUGAUAAAGCAAGAUGAUUUGCUGCAUGAAAAUGUUCGUCCUUUGCCAAAACCAACGCAGAUUAAUUUGCCCGAAGGUGUUUCAAUGAAAAUGUACGGUGACGUGUUGAUGGUUAUCGAGUUCUUGCAUAUUUUCAGAGGAAUUUUAUCUCCGGACGAUAGCUAUGAUUUAGACUUCAAUGUCAAUUUUUUAGUGGAAGCGUUAACCGUUGGCGAAAAUGGAUUCUUGUUUUUGAGUUCGAUCGUUGAAGCCCUUUUAAAGUCAUUACUUCAAGAUGAACUGAACGAAAUGUUAGCUGAUCUUGAAACUAACUUGUCACGUGUGUCCGUAACUUGUCAUUCUGUUUCGGACUUGUGUCGAUUGUAUUUGACUCAUGUUCUCAAAGACGAGGAGCGAAUGCUCAAUUUUACGCCCGAACCGGCUUUGGUUUCGGCAAGUGAAAAAUUAAAAAGCGCCGAUUUAAUUGAGCUAAAUGCAGAGGAAAAGCUAUCUGUUGUUUUGUUUUUCUGCCAUGAAGUUUUGAAAACUGAAGUUUACGAGCAUUUUUUACAAGACAAACACGCCCAAUUUACAGAGUGUUUUCGAUGGAAAACACGAGCUAAAGAAGAGUAUAGCAAGUACAUGAAAGAAAAACAGGAGAAAGAAGCGGAAUUGAAUGCGAAAAAAGCCGAAAUAAUUGCCAAGGCCAGUGAACCCUCUUACGGAGAGCAGAGCACGGAAACUACGAGUACUAUCAUUGACACCAAUUCCGAAAUGGAUGAGGAUAAGUUUUUAACAGUAGCGGAGGAACACGCAAUUUUAACGAGCAGCAUGUCAAGGAGACAACAAGAAAUGGAGCUUGCAAAGUUAAGGAAAGAUCGGGAAGAGAGGUUUAAGAAAAUCAAAUUGGAACGAGAAAUCGAGGAAAAUAAGAUAUUUUGGGAAAAAGAAAAAAGUGAAUCUGAAUAUGAUAAAGUAGCGUCUUUGGUUUUUAAAUUGCAGCGUCUAUCGCCGAUUGGCUAUGACAGAUAUCAUAACAGAUACUGGAUUUUGGAUUGCGUGCCUGGAAUUCUGGUUGAAAGGUGCUGGGCUGGAGAUUACAUAUCCUUUGAAACCGCUUCGCCCGUAAAACCAGACCCACCUGUUGUGGAUAUCAAAACCGACACUGAAAGUGCGACGGCAAAUGUUGAGAAUGGAAAUCAAGCCGAGAGUACCACCAAAGAAGAUGAUCCGGAAAUUCAAGUGAUUAACAGCGUUGUUUCCUCUGUUUUGACGGUGUCAAAUUCGUCGUCUAAUGUGCCGUUGAAGCAUUUCACGCGUCUGGAAAUACCUAACAAACUAUUACCUCGAAUUGGGCAAAAUAAUUGGGUAAUUUAUGACUCAGUAGAACAGAUAGAAACCCUUAUGAAACGUCUUCAUGACUAUGGCAACAGAGAAAGUGCGCUAAAAAACGAACUGAGAAAGCAUAUCGCAGCUUUAAAUAAGCGAUUGGCCGCUAAAAGCGCAAAAGAUUCAGCCAAAUUGGCUGCGCAGAAAAAGACGACUGUUGAAGUGAAGAAAGAGGGUAAAAGUGACGCCGUGUCUGCAUCUGGAGUAGUUGUUGAGAAUGGCGAUGGUUUGAAAUUGGAAACCGAUGUUAAAGAGGAAGUCGUGGAAAUUGAAGAUAACGUUGAUGAAGACGACGAUGAUGAGAAGUUCCCGAUGAUGCCGAAGUCCUACCUGGAACACUACUUAGGCUACUUGCAGUCUGACAUGAAGGAUCUGCAUUUGAGAUUGUUCAAUGGCGGUUUGUCAUGGGGAAACCCAGAAGCGAUUGAAAACCAAAUUGACAGUGCGAAGUCUAUGGAUGAAGUGAAACAGUGUCUGAUUCGCCUGUACGACUGUGUGAUUCCAAAGUUCCUCACUGGAGUGUGUAAGGCGGAUGGGAACCAGCUGUACGCGGCCGAGAAGCAAUGGAACUUGUCCGAGUCACCCGAGAGAGCCAUGGACCAACAGGAAGACUUACUGCAGACGGCGUUUGAGCUGUGGCGUGAAAGGCAAUUCCAGAAGAAGCUGCCGGAGGGUGCGCGGAAGUGGCACAAUGACGUCAUCCAGUCACCCACCUGGUCCAGACUCCACGUGCUCCUCGGAAUAUUCGACACCUGUGUUAGAUGGGAUAAGUCUGUCGCCAAAUCGGGCUGCACUGUGUGCAGAAAAAAGACAAACGAAGACCAAACUCUAUUAUGCGACGAAUGCAACAGAGCGUAUCACAUGUACUGUCUCCGACCAGUGCUGAAAGAGAUUCCACCAGGCGACUGGCUCUGUCCAGGAUGCAGACCACGCGAGAAGAGGAAUCCAGAACAGCCGGCGCCCAAGUAUAACGAAGCUAGUGAUGACGAGGAGAGGAAAAAGAAGGAGGGAGGGCCGCAUGAAUCGGAGGAGUGGUGCUUCUGUUGCAAUGACGGGGGAGACGAACUCAUUCUUUGCAGCUCAUGUCCAAGGGUAUUCCACCUGAACUGUCAUCAGCCGCCUAUGCGUAGGGUACCAAGAGGCAACUGGAACUGCAUGGUAUGCUUGAACCCAAAACUAACCAAAAAGCGAGGGUUCUUGCAGACAGAAUCACAGAAUGACGACCGAAGUUUCAAUUCAGACGGUUCCUCGGAGUCGUCAAAGUCGAAUUACAAAAGUAGAAAGCGAGUGAAAGUUGAAGAGUCGGAGUCUGAAGAAGACGAGGAACCCACGAGAAGGCGAUCUUCCCGAAGUAAUAAAGCGAACUUGUACAAAUCAACGUUGACAAAGUCGCGGAAAGGAAAAUUCGCCCAGAGCGAUGAAAGUGGUUCGGAAGAUGAAAGUAGUCGGAGAUCAAGCAACCGAAGAGGCCACGACAGUGCCGAGAGCUCCGACAAUGAUUCGAGUAUGCGCGGCAAAAGUGGGAAACGCAGUGGUGAAGGACGAUCGCGAAGACGUCUCGGAAGCACCUCGAAUGAAACAUCGCCGGACCGGGACUCAGUUGACACGCGAAGAUCAAAAAGUGGAAAACGAAAGCGAGAAAUUGAUUCAGAAAGUGAUAAGGAGACUUCGUCCAAGAAAACUAAGAAUACAGAGGAAUCGGCAAGUCAGCACCCUAGAGACAACUAUGAAGUUAUGGAAGUAGCCGAGGAAGUAGACAUCUGUGAAAAGAUCUUCCUGGACAUCAAAUCUAGAACUCAAUUCAUGUUCUUUGAAAACAUUGCUGAGGUUGAUGCGUAUGCUGGUGUGGAGAACAGGGUGGAUUUCUCAACCAUUCAGGCCACCAUGGGGGAGCAGGGCUACAUAUGGAGGGGAUUCAUCAGAGACAUGGCCAUUGUAGUCAACAACGCACUCGCCGCUUUCGAGGAGAGUCACAAAGUACACCGGGCAGCUCUGAAGAUGGAUGAAAGAAUGCGAAAUAUGCUGGGUAACCUGCCAAUCAUGCUCAACAGGUACUCCAAGGUGAGACAGGGAACCCCGGAAGAGGAAAUCGAAGAGGAGGAAAAAGAACUCCUGAAACAGCUGGAACCGAAACAAGACCCCGAAGACAAGGAAGAUGAAGACGGUAACAAUAACGGACGCCAAGAAGACGAGGACGAGGAAGACGACAACGAUGAAGAUGAUGAUGAUGAUGAGCCAUCUUGUAAUGGCCGGCAGAGAAAAUCGUCAACAUCACAUGAGCACCGCGAACAGUCUUCGAGUAAACCAGAUCACAAACAUCGUCAGUUCAAAAGAGAAGAUUCGACCAGUCGUCACGAAGACGAUGCAACAACUAGCAACGCCGACACCCAAGACGAAACUUCGAAGUCAUCUUUUGUGACGCCAGAGAGGGCAGGUCAUUUCAGAGGGUAUUCCAGGUACAACGAAAGUGGGAGAUCUUCAGUUGAUAGAGAUGAUGAGACGACCAGUAGAUUCGGAAGUGGUCAUUCAGAACGUGGAGGAAAGUUCCAGGCGAAUCCGGCCCGACUUUUCAUGGAAUGGAGAGGCUCUCAAAAGGAAAAGAAAAGGAGUUCGGUUUAUCGGCGUGUCAAAGUGGUGGAGGUGGAGCCGGAAGUUGACAUCUGUCACAAACUCCUCUACAGAUUCAAGAACCUCAACCCGCUCUCCUACUUCAUAAACGUCUCAGACGUUGCCGCGUACUCUGGGAUAAAGCGGAAGGCGGACUUCUUGAAGAUGGAGCAGAAAAUGAGUAAGAAGGGCUACGUGUGGCAGGGUUUUGUCGCUGACCUCGCUCUAAUUGUGAACAACGCAUUGAUCGCAUUUCAGCCGAAAGAAGCGAGUUACUUAGCCGGACUGAGACUGGAAAAGAAGGUGCUGAAGGCGUUUGAGAAGUUCCCUUUGAUGACGAAACACUUCCGCUAUAUGAGAACACAGGCGGACGAGUUCAUCUACGGAGAGGACGACGAUGAAAUCAGUCUGGCUAAGGUGAAGAGUAGCACACAAGAGAAGACGAAAAAGAAGAGUACAUCUAAAAAGAUAAAGGAUAGCGAUGAAGAUGAUGAUGGCGAUCAAAAUGGAGACCACGAGGAGUCUGCCCGAGAAGAAGACACCGCCAAAGAAGAACCGAGAGAGGACGAAGAUUUUGAACAGGAGCAACAGCUGCUUUCAAAAGGCAAUUCAAAAUCUGCAGAUGUUAAAACCGAGAGAAAUGCAGGCAUCGAAAAUCCCAGUCAAGAACAGACAAAAUCAAAUAAAGAUCGUCAGGAGGAUGAAGAUGUCAAUCAAAUUGAAAAAGAAGUUGAACAGAAAUCAUCAACACCAAUAAGAGAGUCAAAUAUUGUAACAGACUUUCCUGAGAAAAGCAAAGAUGAAAGCUCGAUAUCAGAAGAAACAUCGCCCAAGAAGUCUAAAAAGUCCUCCGAAAUUGGUGUUCAAUCAAAGUCAUCGCCGACGGAAGAAAUUAAAUCGAGUAGCAAUACAAACCGAUCACCUGAAAAGAGCGAAACGCUGCAGUCAAGUUCUAAAAGCCCGUCUCCAAUAAAACCAGCCAGUGCUGGAUUUGAAAACAAAAGCACACCUGAAAUAAGCCCGGAAAAGGCUUCAAAGACUACCAGUCCGAAAAAGGAGGUGGUCGUGAAAAGCAGUCCUAUCAACUUUUUCGUGGCCGAUGAAAGUUUAGAAUGUCUUCGCCUGUGUCAGAAAAUAUUCGAUGAAAUCGAGGGCAAAGCGUGCUACAUUUGUUUCCGAAAACCCUACAUGUCCAAGGAGUUCAAAAAAGUAGAAAGAAAUUCAAACUUGGAUCAAAUUGGAGCUCAAAUGCAAUCAAAAGACUACUCGUGGAAGGAUUUUCUCAAUGACGUCGUUUGCAUUAUUAACAACUCACUUUAUUUGUUCAAGCCAGAGAACGCGGUCCAUAAAACAGCCCUGAAACUGGACGACAAAAUGAUAACCUACUUGCGUAAUGUGCCAAGCAUGAAAAAGACAUAUGAAGAUCUUCGGAAACUGCAGCCACGUCUUAUUGCUCCUGAAAAGGGAUCAACGAGUGAUGCAGAAAAAAGUACUCCCAAGAAGCCAGGUGUUGCGUCUGCGACGUUAUUCGACGAGACAGUAGAGGCGACGCUGAAGUCAGUGGCGAAACGAGCAGCCGAGUCUUCUUCGUCAGCUGCAAAAAGUUUAGACGAUGACUUAAAUGGGUCGGACAGUGACCCGAAAAUGCUGACAACCCGAACACUUGACAAAGAUGAAAUUCAGAAGUUGUGUUUGAAUUUGUUCGCAGAAAUUAAAGCUGACGAGAAUCUGGUUUGUCUCAAGUACCUAACCAAGGACUCGGUGUGUCAAAAUUUUGCCAAAAAGACCGACAUUUUCAAGAUUGAGAAGAAAUUGUCCUCCCGACCAGGCUACAUAUGGGGCAAGUUUGUGAAAGACCUGGCAGCUGUCACCUAUAUUGCACUCAACCUAUAUCCGAAGGAUUCGGGCGUGCAUCAAGCGGGUGUGACUUUGAAUUGGAAGCUGGAAACUUGUCUGAAGAAGUUCCCGGUUAUGCUGAAGAAGUUCACCCGCACUAGAGAUGACCCCCUGGAUGCGAAGGAUAAAGAUGUUGCUUCGUCCUCGUGUGGACUCUCGACAGCUACUGGAUUAUCUGUUCAAAACGAAAAUUUGGAAGUGUCGGAUACACAACCGGAAGAUCCUUCGGAGCUGGAGCAACCAUCCCAUAGAACAAACACCUCGGGCAAUCAUACAAAUGAUUCCAAAUCUCAACCCGAAGAAGGCAAUACUGAUAAACAGAAAUCUCCAAAACGUAACAAAACUUCGUCUAACGAUUGCUUGAAAAGUGCAGAAAGUUCUGAUAGGAAGAAACAAAAGUCUCAAAAGGAAGCUACCAGCUCAAAAGACGCAGGUGGGAAAAAAGUGCAAUCAAACGUGAACAAAAGUGGUUUGGGCUUAGACGAGGACAUUGAAAUGGACGCGGAGAAGGCAUCCUGUUUGUCCAUUUUGCAGUCGAUUAGAAACUCGGAUGUUUUCACGUGUUUUGAAAACAUGUCCAAAGAUUAUAUCGAGGAAAUAUCAGAUUUCUCAACAAUAUCUUGGAACAUGUCUCAAAGCGAUUACACUGCCUGGAACUUCGUGCAGGACAUCGCUGCCCUUGUGAAUUGUGCAAUGAGAAUUUUCAAAGGGGUGGAGCCUGAGUUAUACAGUGCGUCUAUGCGACUGGACGUCAAGCUACUCUCACUUCUGUAUAGUCAGCCGAAACUGAGAGAUGAAUACAAAAGAUUGCGGUCGGUUAAAACGACCCAAAUGUGGACGUCUCCAAAGCUCAAAAAAUGGACAAGUGGAGAACAAAAAACAUCAUCGGCAAAGAAAACGAAAGAAUCAGAAAUUCCGAAAAUGACAGUUUUGAAUGAUAGUUUGCGCAAUGAUUCGGGAUUUUUUGACCAUAACAAGACUUCACAAAACGAAAGCAAUAUUCUUGCAACUCCCAAGCCAAAGAAACCUUCUGAUGAAAGUACGAAAAGCGAUGGUGGUAAUUCAACGCCCACUUCUGGGAGUACAAAAAAUCCAGCAGCGCUGGCUCUCCUAACUCCUAAAGUUGAGACGGUCGAAGUUGACGAGGAAGUUGAUAUCUGUCAGAAGAUAUUUCUGGACAUCAGAUCUAAACACACUUUUCAAGUGUUCCAAAACGUCUCAGAAGUCCCGAAUUACUCAGUUGUGAGCAAGCGAGUGGAUUUGAUGUCAAUUGAGCGCCGCUUAGAAGAAACAGGCUAUAUAUGGCAGAAAUUCAUCAGAGACGUGGCCACAAUUGUAAAUAACGCCACUUUUGCAUUUGAGAGCUCUCACACUGUGCACAAAGCGGCUCUCAAACUGGAUGCCAGAAUGCUCCACCUGAUGCAGAGACUUCCAAUCAUGAGGAGUCACUACGAGAAGACACGAAGCAAGACCUCGUCGGCACUGACAUCGGAACCUGCUUCAAAAACACAAUCCAGAGCCGAAAGUCCAGAGUCCAUGAAUAUAGAUCACUCACAGACAUUGAAUGCAACACCUGUUUUCAUUCCAGAAAUGAAAAAAGUUAAGAAGUCGCCUUGUAAGAAACCGAAGCUCGACGAAGAGAGCAAAGAUUCCAGAAGUCCUAAAUUGGAGUUGAGCAGUAAAAGUCCAAAGAAAACCCCAGGUGCUAAAAGUCCCUCCAAAGAACCCAAAAGAUCCGAGAGUGAUGAUGUGUCAAUUGAGUUCAAUAAGCAAGUCAGUCUGAAGCUGGAAAGACUCGAAAUUAAACCCGAAAUGGAAUCGCCAGUUAAGAGGAAAAGCAAAGACAUGUCAACAUCGUCGGAAUUAACAUCGGAGGAAUCACUCGGAAACUCACAAAGUGAUCGAGUUAAGCAUCUACUGAAAACCGAAUUUGCCAAGUCAUCAUUGGAAAGGGCAGUGGAAGUUACGAAAGAUUCCAGCGAAGAAAAAUCAAAAGAUGGAGCAUCGCAAUUGAGGUCAGAAUCGAAGCAGUCCGAAAUAGAAGAAGGCGAUUCUUCAAAUUCAGAUGCUGUGAAAAGUGCAGUUGGCGAAUCAGUGUCAUCAGCAAGCAGUCCGGCCAAAAGUCAAAAGAGUUCAACAAUUAGGGCUGCUGUAAAAGUAGAGUGGAAGGAAGAAGUAAACGAGGAGGUGGACAUUUGUGAGAAGAUAUUCCUCGACAUCAGAUCCAAGACAUCUUUCGUAUGUUUCGAAAACGUCGAAUGUGUAUCGGCGUACUCUCAAGUGGCUAAGAGAGUAGACUUCUGUUCCAUUGAGAGGAACAUGUCCAAGCCAGGCUACAUUUGGGCUCAAUUCAUACAAGACUUGGCCAUCAUAGUCAACAACGCCCAAACAGUAUUCGACCACACCCAUAAAGCAUUCAAGGCCGCCACACGAAUGGACCAGAAAAUGAAACACAUUAUGCGCAAUUUGCCCAUUAUGCUGGCCCACUACAAUUCAGCGCGACAAGAAAUGACAACUGGCGCGUCCUCUGCAUGAGAAAUGAAACAGAAUAGAUCAGCCCGAACGACAGUUGAGAUUUAAAGCAAAACAAGUCAAAAACUAUUUAGAAAACUGAAUAUGUGACAGAAAGAGCGACGAUAGAUGGGUUAAAAGGGAAGAAAAACUUCAAACUGAAACUAGUCGAUGUUAUUUAUUUUUGUUAUGGCAGUUAGUGGUGAAUAUUUAAGUUAAAAAUCUGAGAACUCAAAAUUCUAGCUCAGCACUUUCAUCAUAAAACAGCAGUUAUUUAUUCACCUGACGGUGACGGUCAAAUAUGAGUUAUUGAACAUUGAUAUUUAUAAAUUAUGAAUUCUGAAAAAUGUUGUAAUCGAUGCGAAUCAUGAUUCUAUCAACCAUGAUAAUUAUGUACACAUUUAUCGUGACUUGCUGAAGCAGCUAUGUUAAAAAUUGU